GCGCAUGGGAGGAAAGUCGAACUGCCAACUCUUCGCUGACUCCGGCAACUUUUAAUUUAACAGAGAGCGGGAAAACGCGCAAGUCGUACGGAAAACUAUUUAUUUAUUUGAGUUAUGAACUGAAGUUUCAAAGUUUGUAGAUAUGAGUGCAGUAGAUGUAUAUUUGUUUAUCAAAUAAGCAAGAGUUUGGAUGCUUUCGGACAUGGAAAACGUCACCAACCUAACCGAACUAUACGAAUCAUGCGCCGAUAUCUUAAACGCGACAUACAAUAAAAGUCUAGACGAAAAUUUCGACAUAUGGCUAUACCUGGAAUGUGUCCAAGGGGCUCAAAGGCAGUCCCUGUAUAUUAUAGUCCCUAUUACUAUAAUAAAUUUAAUUAUUUUCGUAACGGGACUUUUCGGAAACUUGUCUGUAUGUAUAGUGAUAGUUAAACAGUCGACAUUGCACACUGCUACAAAUUAUUAUUUAUUUAAUUUGGCCGUCUCCGACUUGAUGCUACUUGUGUUUGGCCUCCCGAAUGAUUUAUUUUGCUAUUGGCAUUUGUACCCAUGGGAAAUGGGACAAUUUUUCUGCAAAAUUCGAGCCCUGUUGUCAGAAAUGGCUUCAUAUGUUUCCGUGUUGACAAUAGUAGCUUUUUCCACUGAAAGGUACCUCGCAAUUUGUUAUCCAUUAUAUUUGCAUAAAAUGAGCGGGUUUCAAAGAGCAUUGCGAAUUAUUACCGUAAUAUGGGUGAUUGGAUUCAUUGCGGCGUUGCCAUUUGCCAUUUACACAACCGUUAAUUACAAAAUGUGGCCGAAUACAUCCAUCUACAUUGAGGAAUCGGCUUUCUGUGGGAUGCUCGUACAGCCUCUAUAUCUCUGCGAAAUAAGCACCAUAACUUUUUUCUUGCUGCCUCUGCUGGUUAUAGCGGUGCAGUACAGUCGUAUGGGGUUUAGGAUAUCAGGGACCGUCAGGAAAUCCUUGGGGAAGGACCUUAAAGGAUCAGUGCACAGGACUAAUAGAAGAAUGCAGAGAAAUAAAAAUGUUAUAAGGAUGCUGAGUUUUGUGGUUUUGGGCUUUUUCUUUUCGUGGGCGCCCUUCCACGCCCAGCGCCUGGUGGUGUUCUACAUGCUAGAAAACGAACACAGCGACGAAAUCAUGAGAUGGAUGUUCAUCACAACCGGUUUGCUGUAUUACUUUUCGAGCACCUUGAAUCCAAUCCUGUACAACUUGAUGUCGGAUAGGAUGAGGAACGCUUUUAGGGAGAUCAUUUUCCGCAAAAAACCUUUGAAAAGUUCAGGGCACAACUCAACCUUGGUAAGGGGGUUGACGUAUCAUCCCCAGAACAAUUCGAAUCUUGACACAGAUACUGAACAACUGAUGACGAAAGACGUCAUCGUUCAGACGUCAUCGUGCAAAAAUAAACCCAUUUAUGAAAAAAAUGGUAAAAAUCUCGAAACAGCAAUAUAAGUAUCCCACCUAUAAAUAUCUACGCACUCGCUUAUACAAUAAAUGUUUUUUAUGUCUGUGAUAUAUGUUUCAAUAAAUGUACUAAAAUAACUCGUCUUUUUAUUUAUUAAA